UCAGUUAUUAACUUUCAAAUCUUUCUAUGUUUGAAAUUUUACAUGUUUGUAAAAAGAUUAACAUUUUGUAUGUUUAGAUAUUGAUGCUUCUCUUGAGGAUCUGUAUGUAAUUAUGUACCUUUCUAAAAUUUCCUCUUCAGAUCUGUAUUUGAUAUUGAUCCUCAAAAAAUCAAUUUAAAUUUUUGCAAGGUGCAAUUUUACAAAUUUGGAACUGGUUGAGAAGCAAAAGCUAUGCAUUUCUUCCUCCUGCUAAUUUGUUAUUCAUGUUUAAUAAGUCAAUGGCAAAUAUUAAUUCCUAUAAAAUCGCUUUCAUUGCUGCAUUUGAAUGCUUCAGGAAAUCAGUUUUAUUAUAUGUCAAUAUUUUGGCUCAGAGGAAUGCAAAUGGUUGGAACUGUUCUUCUCAGUUGCGCUUUCUUGUAUGACAUUUUUUGGGUGUUUGUUUCUAAAUUGUGGUUCCAAGAGAGUGUCAUGAUUGUGGUUGCUCGGGGUGAUAAGAUUGGAGAAGAUGGCAUACCGAUGCUGCUAAAGAUCCCUCGAAUGUUUGAUCCUUGGGGUGGCUACAGCGUCAUUGGAUUUGGUGACAUUAUCGUACCAGGACUGCUAGUAGCAUUUUCAGUAAGGUAUGAUUGGCUGUCAAAGAAGAAUCUUCGGCGUGGAUACUUUUUAUGGGCAAUGAUUGCUUAUGGAUUUGCAUGUUCUUAG